UUUAUUCGCGGUGGGCGUAUUGCUUCGACGUCGCGCUGACCACCGAAACGACAAACUAGUCCGCGCCAGCGCCGACAUACCUCCGCGCUACGCUAUACGGCUGCUUUUCCCGACGCGCUUUCCUAGUUUUCCUCAGUGCAUCCCGACUAAAACGUGUGUUUUCCGCCUCUAUGCGCGCAUCCUUACACCAUACAUGGGACUAAUGUUUAUCCAUCGCAGAUGACGGCAACGUGAAAGGGUUUAUGGCGUUGAAGGGGGCUGAAAUAUUGGCGAAGUGCGAGCCUGAAGGCGCUGAAAUGCUAAAAGAAGCCAGUCACGUGGGCUAGGCUCACCGCAUACUGCGCGGCCAAACCUCUCUGGAAAGAUGUCCUAAUAUGGGUCAGCCUUGGAUGCUAGUUCGUGCGGCAGCUAUCCUACUUGUGACAAGGCAAACUCUGGCCCUGUCCGACAUCUUUGAAGAGGGGAAAUCCGACAAGGAAAUCCUGGAUAAUCUUUUGCGGGCCACCCGUUAUGACAAGAGGCUGCUGCCUCCGGUUAGAGGUACCUUGACAGUUAAUGUUAGUGUAUUACUACUUAGUUUAGCGUCGCCUGACGAAUCCAGUUUGAAAUACGAGGUGGAAUUCUUGCUGCAGCAGCAAUGGUAUGAUCCCAGGCUGCGGUACUCGAACCAGAGCAACUACGACUUUCUGAAUGCCAUCCACCACCACAAUGACAUUUGGCUGCCGGACACUUACUUCAUAAUGCAUGGCGACUUCAAAGAUCCGCUCAUACCAGUACAUUUCUCCCUGCGAAUUUACCGCAACGGGAGCGUUAAUUACCUCAUGCGGAGGCACCUGAUACUAUCCUGUCAAGGACGUCUCAAUAUAUUUCCUUUUGAUGACCCUUUGUGUUCAUUCGCAAUGGAAAGUAUAUCGUACGAAAUGACGGCAAUCAAAUACGUUUGGAAGAACGACGAGGACGUGCUGCGGAAGUCGCCCAGUCUGACGACUCUGAACGCCUAUCUCAUAGAAAAUCAAACACUCAUAUGUCCGAUAAAGUCGAGUUGGAGAGGUAACUAUAGUUGCCUGAAAGUGGACCUAAUAUUCACACGGGAUCGAGCGUUUUACUUCACGACGGUUUUCAUACCGGGCAUCAUAUUAGUAACCUCGUCCUUCAUCACUUUCUGGCUGGAAUGGAACGCUGUGCCCGCCAGAGUAAUGAUAGGUGUAACGACAAUGCUCAACUUUUUCACAACGUCGAACGGGUUCCGUUCGACGUUGCCCGUAGUGUCGAACCUGACGGCGAUGAAUGUCUGGGACGGGGUGUGCAUGUGCUUCAUCUACGCCUCCCUGCUGGAGUUCGUGUGCGUGAACUACGUGGGCAGGAAGCGUCCGUUGCACAACGUCGUCUAUCGUCCCGGCGAGAAUCCUGUCACCCAGUUGAGCAUGUCUAAAUUAAUAAAAAUAAAGAGAAGGGCGCUGAGAAGCCCGUCACGCUUAAAUCAGUGGCUCCUCAAAAGAUUGUACGUUGUUUCGUCUGUCAUGUUGCAGCGACUGCCCGCUGUUCUCAGCCGGAUAGGCAUUAUUCUGGCCAGUCCCCUGGAGACUGCAGAACAAGAAUAUUAUUCCACAUUCUGUGAAAGUCCCCGUUAUACAGGGGACAAAAAGAGAGAUUCCACUGUUGCGAAUGAGAUAGUGUCGUGUACCAAUUGCGGACCAAAUCCAUGCACCCAUGCAGCCAACAACGGUUGUGCGGCGGAGUCAUGUUUAUUGCAGGUGAGGAAAAAGGAGCCUCCACAUCCGAUACGCGUGGCAAAGACUAUAGACGUUAUAGCUCGGAUAACUUUUCCGACAGCGUUCGCCGUUUUCCUAAUGUUUUUCUUCUACCACUACAAGAGCUUCACAAACGCACAUCAAUGAGACAAACUGCAUCCGAACUCGUUAACGGUGAUACAUUUUAUAAUACGAAAGUACAUAUCAAAAAAGUAAUCCCUUAAAAUAACAGUGAUUAAAAUUAGUGUAUAAAGUAAGUGUAGUUUGUUUUACGUCUUACUACUUACUAUUAUUGCAAAUUUUAUUUGCAUCGAGAAGGUUCGCAAAACGUGUAGCUGUAAAGCACUGUAUAUAAAAUUUAAAUAUUUUGACAGAAUAGCUAUGUAUACUCCCACCGUAUUAUUAAUGUAGUUUCUAUUAUUAUAAUAAAGUUGCAAUUGCAUGAUAUAUUGUGAUAUCACAUGUCUAGAGGGCAUGUUAUAUAGUAUCUUACAAUCUCAUAAUUUUAUAAAAUAUUUCACGGUUUUUUGAAAAGUUCUCACCGAGGUGUGAUCAAAUAUGUAACAACACAUCGCAGUAAUUGUUUCUGUACACUUUCUCCUUUAAUUUAUUUAAAGUAAAUGACAUUUUCAUAAUUUUCAUUUUUAAAUGCUCACUUUAAUAAUUUCUACUACUGGAAAAUGGGAAGAGUCUAGACCUUACUAGUUUUAUACCAAUAAAGAAAUGUAAGACACUUACCAAUUUCCUGCAUAAAUCAAAUUUGUUAUUAAUUAAUACGUGUGAAAUAUUUUGUAAAAACAUUUUACCAAUCCAUCUGCAAUCAUUAAAAAUGUUAUUAAAAAGCACCAUUAUAUUGUUUGAAAAAUUGAUAUGAUGUAUAAAAUAUAUCCAUAAGUUAUUGAGGAUUAUAAAAACAAAACUUAUCAAAUAUAGUUUGUGUCAAUAUUACAAAAGAUAAUUUAAGCAAAAAAACCAAUCCAACGCAAUAAUGAUUUUAAAUCCGUAAUGCAAAUUGAAUGUUUUAUAUUAAGCCAAAGUGUCUUAUGUCGCGUCUAUGACGACAAAAAGCAGUGGUAAAUUAAAGGUUGAUACAAAUUCUAAUACCUUUUCAAUACUUUUGCCCUCCUUGCUUUUCCUUACCACUGCCACUGAUUUCGCUAAUCCCGCUGUGCUACGAAAAAUACGUAAAGGACCAAUUAUUUAUAACUAAUUGUAAAUACCGUAAAUGUUUUGAUCCACAAAUUGUAUUUGAUAAGCCGUUAAGGAAUACCGACCAACUUUUGUGCCAGCAUGAUCGUUUUUCCUGAGUUGUUGAUUUAUAAUGUUGCCUAACGUCUCUGUGAUUGGUUAUUUUAUAGAAAUGUACCUGAAAUUUCGUUAUACAAAUUCACGCAUGCCGAAUGUCUACAUAUGUCCGACGAAAAAUUGAGCCCUCCAAAUAAAAAAAAAUCUUCGUUAACGGCAAUGUGGAUAAUCUAAAGGCGGGAAUUUAUUAUAUAUUUUAUAAUUUAAGUUAUGAAUAUCAAGUUAUAGUCAUUAAACCAUGUUGUUUCCUUUAUUUAUAAUUUUAUUGAUGUUAUCGAGAGUGUUUGUUAUGAACCUGAAAUGUCAAAUCCAGUUGAUUUUGUUCUUGACAAUACACAGAUUCUUCUAUUUCUGGCUUUCGCUUAUUUACCUCUUUCAUUACUAAUAUCUAGCUUCAGCUUGGAAAAGAACAAAACAAUAUGAGGUAAUUUGAUAUUUUGUGAUUCGUUAUUUUAAAGUAUACAUGAGCCCCAAGUUCACUAAGACUACGAUAUUAGUUUUACUGAACUUAGUGCUAGGCGAUGUAGGUGUGUUGACUUUGAUGAAGCUUUAAUAUCUAGUGAUUAUUCGUUUCUACAUGAUAUUUUUAACACAUUCCAGUCGUAAAACAGCUCAGUGUUUUUAAAAUCAAUUGAACUGACCAAUAGAGAUAAUGAAUUGUUUAAAAUAACUCGUGCCUCAUUGAUUAACUAAAAAAGAAAUUCAAUUUUAAACUAAUAUUAUUUAGAAUAUCCUGUCGUCAACAAUUGUUUUAGGCACGUCUCUUAUAAACCUAAAUCAUGAAGCAAUAAUACUUAUUCAUUCAACAUUGUGUGAUAAAUAAUUGAAUCAUCUACUAUUAACAGUUCAUUCUUUCCCAUUAUUGUUCCAAGGUACAGUCCCUAUCAAAUAGUUCAUUUCUACAUUGGAUAACAGUUCAAUAACUAAGACGAUAUGUACAUAUAGCCGUAAAAAUGCGUCGUUUAUGUUACAUGAAAUUAUAAAUUUCUAUCAUUAUAAAGUCUUAAUCGAUUAAAAUAGUUUAAAGGUAUAUGCCAAUACGUUAUGCACGUGCAUAAAUAUGAAUAUUAUGCAUGAUAGAGCGGACACUGUGAUGACAGACUGAGCGCUUUGAACCAAUUUUAAUAAAGAAAUUAAUUGUUAGAAAUAAUAUUCAAUUAUGAUUGUUAACAAAAUUAUUCAACAAUUUCUAGUCUGUAGUCAAAUAAUGAGGUGUGUCCGCAUUAAUACGACGCUUUAUUGUCAAUAUUUAAAAGAAAAUAUAUAUAUUUGGAUAAAUCGAGCCAUAAUUAUACAGGGUAUUAACCUACACGUUUUCGCUUGUAUAAAAUAAAAACCUUUAUAGUUAGUCCAACAGGUUUUUAUACAACACGGUGUUCAAAAAUUAGUAAACAUUGACUGUUUAAUUCGUAUUAUUGGGGACACAAAGGCAUGGAAUUUUAACACUUCUUAAGCACCGUAAAAAUUUAACACGCACGAACGACACAUGUGUACAUACUUUGGAUACAUUGUAUAUAUUUUAUAAAUCAGCCAUAAUUAAAAUUCCAUGCGGUCUACAUAAUAAUUAUUUCUACCCAAAUACUCAAAUAUGCAUACGUUAAUCAAAAAAUGUAUUGAAUCCCAUUAAGAAAAAACUCUUUUACACAUAUUUAAUAAGAGGCUAAUAAGCAGCUUUACUUUGUGAAAGAAAGUCAGUGCAAAAAGCUUUUGGAAUUCCAACUAGAGCCAAACUCAUAGACCUUGUCCUCAAAUCCACGUGAUCUUUUUCUGAAAUAAUGUAUCGAAAGUUGAAAUAAAGUAAAUUUAAAAAUCGC